AUGGUGAUUGAUUUGACUACCGAGUCAGUGUUAAAAGAUAAGCCACCUCAAGUCGCUCUAAAGGCAACUCAAACGCCCACCCAGAGACGCGACGUAUUCUUUACAGCAUUGCGGCAGAAAGGAAUUCAUCAUGAGGAAAAACUUAUUGCCUUAAAAUCAUCUCUUCCAUUACGAAAACCAUCACCGAAGUGUACCGCUGGAAAUUCCAUCUCAUCCAGAAAUUCAUCCAUCUCAUUGAAGAUUGAUAGUGGUCGCUUGGGUCGAAAACGCCGACUUGAAAAUUUACUGGAAAGUCCCUCUGGCGCUUUUUUGCUAUCUUCCCUACCUGAGCAUCAUGGUCUUAGCAAUCACUUCUGCGUCGAUGACGUGAAGAAGACAGCUUCUGGCAUGUACCCCAAAGCUAAAGCAGUUAAACGAGAGUCAGUUAAACUUCACCGUGGUUCUCAGGAAUUUCAACAUUUAUCUCUCGCCACUCAAAGCAACCUAGUUUUGCAGGAGCUCUAUGGUGAAAAGCUUGCAUCUAUCAAGGGUCCUCCUGUCGCUUUUACAAGUGUCCAAAACACACGCAAAAUUGACUUUAACUUUGAGUUCAUCGAGCGCUAUAAAAUACACGAAGAUGUUCAGCAAGUUGACUCCAAUUUUAAUGCCGGGUGCUACUGCUUGGGGAAGACUUGCAAUCUUGAAAAUUGUUCCUGCCUCUCUUUUGCGUUGGGUAAGGAGCAGGUAGUCAUUCCCUAUAAGAUGGGAAAGAAUGGCGUCGUUGUUUUGCACGAGGAUUUUAUGAAACGCACACUAAUGAUUUAUGAAUGUUCCUUUCUGUGUAACUGUGCCAGUAGCUGUAUGAACAGGGUUGUUGAUCGGGGGAGGACAGUGCGCCUUGAAAUAUUUCAGACAGAAAACCGAGGAUUUGGACUGAAAUCACCUGAUCCAAUUCAAUUUGGCCAAUAUAUUGAUUCCUACUGUGGGGAAGUAGUGACAAAGUCCACGGUUGCUCGCCGCGAAAAAGCUUUUCCAAACGGGGGUGCCAGCUAUUUCUUUGAUCUGGAUUUUUGGGACAAUGAUGAAGCUUAUAUUGUUGAUGGAAAAAAGUUUGGUUCUAUUACUCGGUUUAUGAACCAUUCUUGCAAGCCAAACUGCAAAAUGUUCUCAGUCUCCCAUAAUCAUGCCGAUGAUUCCGUGUUUGGGAUGGCUUUUUUUGCAUUAUAUGAUUUACCCCCUGGUACAGAGCUAACUUUUGACUAUGACCCAUCUUGGGAACAGGACAUCCAAGGAGGAAUGCAUGAAGUGAACCCAGAAGCAACAAAAUGCUUGUGUGGAGAAAAGACCUGUAGGAGAGUGCUUUGGACAUAUCAGAGAGGCUGA